AUGUUGAAAACUGAGUGUUCGGGGGAAAGAUCAAACCUCCGAAGUGCCUCUCCUCACAGGAAUGCUUACAGGACUGAGUUUCAAGCACUGAAAAGCACCUUUGACAAACCUAAGUCCGAUGGCGAACAAAAGACAAAAGAAGAAAGUGAGGCGUCUCAGCAGAGCAGGGGGAGGAAAUAUGGAUCUAAUGUCAACAGGAUUAAAAACUUAUUUAUGCAAAUGGGUAUGGAACCCAAUGAGAGUGCUGGUGGCACAGCAAAGACCAGAGGUAAAGGUGGCCCUCUAUCACCUCAGAGAAGGAGUAGACCUAAAGAAUUUGUAGAGAAAGGAGAUGGGUCAGUUGUAAAGCUGGAGUCAUCCGUUUCAGAAAGGAUUAGUAGGUUUGAUGCUAUGCAUGAUGGCCCUUCUUAUUCUAAGUUUACUGAGACACGGAAGUUGUUUGAAAGAAAUAUGCAUGAAAUAGGGCAUUCCAAUCGCUAUUCCCCAAAGAAGGAGGUACUCGUUCCUAAUGCUGAACUUCAAGAUGAAUGGUGCAGCUCUAAGUCUAACCGAGGCAGUUCAGACUCCCUGGAUAGUCUUAGUUCAAGGACUGAAGCUGUCUCUCCAACAGUGAGUCAGCUUAGUGCAGUGUUUGAAAAUACUGACUCACAAAGUGUGAUUGUUUUAGAGAAGGCAGAAAACAAUGAAGGGUAUUCUGUAACUGGUCACUAUCCACUAAAUUUGUCUAAUGUGGACACAAAUCUGUCUUCCAGUGUUUCCAACCUUGAUGGUUUUAGCCCCAUUAAAGAAGCCAACACUUGGCCUUUGACAGCCAAACAAAAUACCACUUCAGUAUCUGUUGAAAAUUCUCAGCCCAUCAGUAGGUCACCAUCCGCCAAUGAAAAAUCUUCUAACAGCACUUUGCCUCUUUCAAAAACAAGUGGGAUACAAAAUAAGGAUGUCCGUCAUGAUUCUGUUGACACUGGUAUAGCAACUGGACAAGAGUCAGUGGAUGGAGUUGAUAAUCAGAGUUUUGAUGAGCAGCCCACCAAGAAUCAAGCAGAAACAGCCCCUGAAGUACUGCCUUUGCAACAAAAAAAGAUCUUGGAUGGAGAGGAGACUGCAGAAAUAUCAGGAAACUUAAUAGCCAGUGAGGAUGUUGCAGUCACUGAAGCUUCACAUUCUGUUGGCUCCCACUGUGAAGAUGCUAAUGGUAAGGAAGUACAGGAAGACUUGAAUAACUUUCAGAGUUCUCAUGUGUACAUGCACUCUGAUUACAAUGUCUACAGGGUACGAUCAAGAUAUAAUUCUGAUUGGGGAGAGACAGGAACGGAACAGGAUGAUCAAGAAGACAGCGAUGAAAACAAUUAUUAUGAACCUGACAUGGAAUAUUCUGAAAUUACUGGAUUGCCAGAAGAAGAUGAAAUCCCACCAGCUAGAAAAAUCAAGUUUAGUACUGCUUCAAUUAAGGUUUUCAACACAUACUCUAAUGAAGACUAUGACAGGAGAAAUGAUGAAGUUGAUCCAGUGGCCGCAUCAGCUGAAUAUGAGUUAGAAAAACGAGUCGAGAAGCUGGAGCUUUUCCCGGUAGAGCUCAAAAAAGAUGAAGAUGGGCUUGGCAUCAGCAUUAUUGGAAUGGGAGUUGGAGCAGAUGCAGGCCUUGAAAAACUGGGCAUAUUUGUCAAAACAGUAACAGAAGAUGGGGCAGCAGAAAGAGAUGGCAGGAUCAAAGUAAAUGACCAAAUUGUUGAUGUGGAUGGAAUCAGUCUGGUUGGUGUCACACAAAAUUUUGCAGCAACUGUUCUCAGAAAUACCAAAGGAAAAGUCAGGUUUAUAAUUGGCCGAGAAAAGCCAGGACAAGUUAGCGAGGUGGCUCAGUUAAUUAGCCAAACUCUGGAACAAGAGCGUCGCCAGCGAGAACUCUUGGAACAACAUUAUGCACAAUAUGACGCAGAUGAUGAUGAGAGUACUGAGAGAGAAUUUCAUGGAAUCUUAGACAACUACAGUAAAAAUAACAACUGUUACCUUAAAAAGACAGGGGAAUAUGCGACAGAUGAAGAUGAUGAUGAUAUGGGACCCAUCCUUCCAGGAGGCGAUAUGGCAAUUGAAGUGUUUGAGCUUCCCGAAAAUGAUGACACGUUUUCCCCGACAGAACUGGACACCAGCAAAUUGGCUCACAAAUUCAAAGAGUUGCAAAUCAAACAUGCAGUCACCGAAGCUGAGAUUCAGAAGCUGAAGACAAAGCUACAAGCAGCUGAGAAUGAGAAAGUGAGGUGGGAGCUGGAGAAGAAUCAGCUUCAGCAGAACAUUGAGGAGAAUAAGGACAGGAUGAUGAAACUCGAGAGCUACUGGAUCGAGGCGCAGACCCUGUGUCACACUGUCAAUGAACACCUGAAGGAGACUCAGAGCCAGUACCAGGCCCUGGAGAAGAAAUACAACAAAGCCAAGAAACUGAUUAAGGACUUCCAGCAAAAAGAACUCGAGUUUAUCAAGCGACAGGAAGUUGAAAGAAAGAAGAUAGAAGAUUUGGAGAAAGCUCAUUUUGUGGAAGUUCAAGGUUUACAAGCUCGUAUCAGAGAACUGGAAACAGAGGUAUUCAGGUUACUGAAGCAAAAUGGGAGCCAAGUUAACAAUAACAACAACAUUUUUGAAAGGCAAACAUCUGUUGGAGAAGUCUCAAGAGGAGAUGGAAUGGAAGCCGUGGAUGCAAAGCAAGUGUCUGGCUUGGAUACCAUAAAUCAAGAUUUUAAUGAAGCGGUCCCGGAGACAGAAAGGCUGGACUCUAAAGCGCUGAAGACUCGAGUGCAGCUUUCAGUUAAGAACAAAAGGUCAAGACCAACUAGAACAAGACUGUAUGACAGCAUCAGCUCUACAGAUGGAGAAGAUAGCCUUGAAAGAAAGCCUUCGUAUAGUUAUGGUAGUCCUAUGCACAUUAGAAAAUCACCUCUGCCCAUGUGUAUGAGAGCUUCCUCACCAGCAUCAGAUUCUGGUGCUUCCUCCCUUUCCCCUGUGGCUAGCAGUGCAUCCUUUGCAUUUGACAACAUAGCUGGAAUCCAGGAUGAAGAACCACAGUACAUAAGUGUUGGUUGUUCCCAUGGAGACACUCCACUCUCCUCUCCUUCAAAGUCCUGCCAGAGCUGUGAACAUUCACCUGUGCAUCAUCCAGCCUGCAGGAGUAUCUUCCAUGACAAAGACGGUGCCACAGGUAUCCAGUCAUCAAAAACAUCCAAUUUGGGCCAUCUAAGACCGAUAAAACAAAAGCUUGGGGACCUGGGGACUCGGUUGAGGAAGAGUGCUAACAAGGGCAAGAAACGAAGAGAUAAAGAAGCAGUUAGGGUCUCUGUUGGCUGCAGGACAUCUAAGGAGCUGCUGGAGUGCUCAGCAAGUAGUGCGUCUAUAGCCAAGCGAUCCUCCUCUCUCCCAUACAGCCCUAUGCCAUUUACUUGGUAUGGAGAGAGCAGCAGGGGAUCCAAUUCUUCCAGCAAUCUGCCUUCACCUUCCAGCUCAACUGAUCCUUCCUCUGACAAUCUAAGUCCAGCAAAAAAGGGGUGCAAGAAUUUUACUUUCAAUGAUGACUUCAGCCCAAGCAGCACCAGUUCAGCUGAUCUAAGCGGAUUAGGGACAGAACCCAAAACCCCAGGAUUUUCUCACUCCAUAGCGCUGUCAUCUGAUGAGAGCUUGGAUAUGAUUGAUGAUGAGAUCCUUGAUGAUGGACAGUCUCCCAAGCAUAGCCAGUCCCCAAGUCGCACCGUUCAAGAAUGGAGUGUGCAGCAAGUUUCCAACUGGCUAAUAAGCCUGAAUUUAGAACAGUAUGUUCCAGAAUUCAGUACCCAAAAUGUAAAUGGAGAACGUCUUCUUCAGCUGGAUGGCAGUAAGCUCAAGGCCCUUGGUAUGAUGCCUUCUCAAGACCGAGCUGUCAUUAAAAAGAAAAUUAAAGAAAUGAAAUCAUCUAUAGAGAGAGCUCGUAAAGCGCAAGAGAAGAUGGAGAAGCAAAGGGAAAAGCUGAGGAAGAAGGAAAAAGAGCAGCUUCAGAGGAAGUCCAAAAAGCCUGACAAGCAUUCCCCAGAUCCAACAGAUGGCGCUAGUGAGCAGUGAUGCAUAAGAGUUACUGUUCUAUUAAGACUGGGAAGACGUUUUGGGAAGAGAAACGGAAAGAAAAAGCUUACUUCCCAUCCUGCCAGUCUUCGUUAUACAGAGCUCUGUACCGCCUAAGAAGGCUUUACAUAGAAUAAAUGGGGGAAACGUACAUUGCGUAGCUACACUUUCCUGCGGCUGUAAAAUAUGACCUGCUUAGCAGUUCCAAACUAUGACGGCUAGUGCAUUUUCUCAUCGCUGUGCAGUCAAACCAAAUGUCCAGCCCAGGACCAGCACAAAGCUCCUCCUUGCC